AUGGCCAACACUACCACCAUGCUUCCUUCUAAUAUCUGUUUCUUCCUUUUAUUGCUUCUCCUACACUUUCAUUUGGGGAAGGGCCAACUUCAGUUGAAUUACUACUCCAACAGCUGCCCAAAAGCGGAAGAGAUCAUAAAGCAACAAGUCACACAGCUGUAUAACAAGCAUGGAAACACUGCGGUUUCGUGGGUUAGAAAUCUCUUCCAUGAUUGCAUGGUCAAGUCAUGUGAUGCAUCACUAUUGUUAGCGACGGUGCGUAAUGGUGUAGUGUCGGAGCAGACGUCUGAGAGAAGUUUUGGUAUGAGGAACUUCAAGUACGUAAACACUAUCAAAAUGGCUGUGGAACAAGAAUGCCCCUCCGCAGUCUCAUGUGCUGACAUUGUUGCCCUUUCUGCUAGAGAUGCCAUUGUCUUGUUAGGAGGUCCAAGCAUCGAAAUGAAGACAGGGAGAAGGGAUAGCAAAGAAAGCUAUGCAACGGUGGUGGAAGACUUUCUCCCAAACCACAAUGAUUCCAUAUCCUUAGUGCUGUCUCGUUUUCAAGACAUUGUUGGCAUUGACGUUGAAGCCACAGUCGCUCUUUUGGGAGCUCACUCAGUGGGAAGAGUUCACUGCAAGAAUCUGGUGCAGAGAUUAUACCCGACAGUGGACGAGACACUGGACCCUGCACACGCUGAGUACCUGAAACGUAGGUGCCCAACACCGAAUCCCGAUCCAAAGGCUGUUUUGUACGCAAGGAAUGACCUGAAAACGCCCAUGAUCAUUGACAACAACUACUACAAGAACAUCUUGCAACACAAGGGCCUUCUAACUGUGGAUGAAGAACUCGCCACUGACCCAAGAACCUCACCUUAUGUCCAAAAAAUGGCCAAUGAUAAUGAAUAUUUCAACCAGCAGUUCUCAAGGGCAAUUCUCUUGUUGUCUGAGAACAACCCUCUCACCGGAGAUCAAGGAGAAAUCAGAAAGGAUUGUCGCUACCUCAUUGCCAAUUAG